AUGACUGUUACGCCCGUAGACGUAUUAGAACAGAAAAAGAAUCACGAAUAUGAUGAUCCGAUUUUGGAUUCCAUUUUUAUACCAGAUUAUGUAAAGGACUUUAAACCGACACCAGAUGUGAUUCAAACGAAGUUUAAAUGUGGGACGAACGUUCGAUUUAUAUUCAAUAACGUAGAAUUCAGCGAUUUUGAAAAGGAGCAUAUUCGCAAUUUUAAAAUUUUUGCAACACAGAGACUAGACGGCCCUCAGCUGGAGGCAGCGGCAGCAGUGGAAUCCUACCACAGGAGGUUCAAAAACACAGUCUUCGGAACGGACGGAUACAUACUGAGAUACCUGAUCAGCAACGCAUACAACUACGCCAAUGUUUUGAACGAUAUGUACAACCACCUCAAAUGGAGGAAGAGUACACUGCCAAUAAGAAGAGUGGACGUGGAAAGCGAACUUGCAAGAGGGUUUGUGUAUAUACACGGAAGAGACAAAUGUAUGAGACCAAUCAUAAUCAUAAGAUGUAACUCAAUGCAAGCAUGUGAACACGAGUCAAUACUGAAGACAAUAUACUUUGUGCUGGAACUGUGCAUAGAAAAACUGCUCAUACCAGGACAAAUAGAACAGUGGAAAGUCAUCAUCGACCUAGACGGAACAAACCUGUUCAACAUACCAGGCUCACUGCUUAAGCAAAUAGCAAAAUCACUAUCUGUAAACUAUAGAGCAAGACUCUCUAAGCUGUACAUCAUCAACGCACCAUACCUAAUCUCAGUGAUAUGGAACAUAGUCAAGAACGUAAUACCCAAAAUCACACAAGAAAAAAUAGUCAUCUCAUCAGGAAAAAACACAAAAAAACUACUGGAAAUAGCACUGCCAUCCCAACUGGAACAGAAGUACGGAGGGAAGGCACCAAACGUUAAGAUGUUCGACAUGCCAAUCAUGCCAGAACUAUAA